AUGGUCCCGCGCGUGCGCAGGCGCCGCCAGCCGAGCGCCGAGCCGCCAGCGCGCGGUGCUCGACUAGCCAGGCCUGGCUCCGCCGGAAGAGACGCGCGGGGCGGGGCGCAAAGCAUUGUGGGUCCUGGGCUUCCGUGGCCCCGGCCUCUUCCCUCGGGCGGGGAUGGCGACGGUGCUGUGACUUUCCGGCCGCCGCGCCCCACCCCCCCCCCUCCGGCACGGUGCCGCGUACACAGUGGGCGCUCAGUACCCGGGGGCGACGGGACUGAUCGGCCGUGGUUCAGCCCUCUGGGGACCCAGAUCCGAAGCGGGACCCGGCGAGAGCGGGUCCGCUCCGAAAGCACCGCGCGCCCAGCAGGUGCCGGGCGGGCUGCGAGGGCGGGAGAUGCCAGCGCUGAGAAGACACGCAGCGGCGUCCUCGGCGGGUCUGCGUGUGUGUGGCCACCGGGAACACUGACUCCCUUCAGAGCUCGUGACUCGGUGCUGCUGACUCCCCUGAACUCCAGGCCCACAUUUGGACACGAGGCACAUCGUCGUGGGCACAGAAGUCAGACCUUGAAGCCACCCUGCCUCCUCAUUCCCUACAUCCGGUCCUUGAGUGAAUUCUGUUGGCUCUCCCUUCAAAGUAUAUCCGGAACUGUGUUUGACUUGUUCCAGACUGCCACCCUGAUCCUGUUCUAGAUUUCAAAAGGCUGUAAGAAAUAGUAACUAACUGCAACGCAAAAUGAAAAUAGAUGUAAAAAGAUGUUUCGAGGGACUCCUGUGUGGCUCAGUCGGUGAAGAGGCCGACUUCGGCUCAUGUCAUGAUCUUGCAGCUUGUGAGUUCGAGCGCAGAGCCCAUUUUGGAUCCUCUGUCUAACCCUCCCCACUUGCUCUUUCAGAAAUAAACAUUCAAAAAUAAACAUUUAGAGAACGACUGGGGACGUUAGAAUGUGUCACGAGGCACAUCUGGGUGGCUCAGUCAGGUUAAGCGUCCGACUCCGUUUUGGCUGAGGUCAUGAUCUCACAGUUCUGGAGACUGAGCCCCAUGUCAGGCUCUGCGCUGACAGCGCAGAGCCUGCUGGGGAUUUUCUGUCUCUCCUCUCUCCCCCUCCCUCACUCUCUCGGAAUAAACAUUAAAAACAGAAAAAAAAAAAAAAGUGUCAUGAUACUAGAUGAUAUUGUGGGAUAAUUGUUCACAUGGGCCUGAUGCUGGCGCUGGGCCGUGGAGAGUUGCUUUUCCUAGAGAGGCAAGCUGGCAGGCAUU